AUGGAAAAUAUCAGCUCGACACCAUGGACGAGAAGAGCAUUUGCCUUGAGCGCCUUGGUUCUAUUGGCAACCUAUGCCAUCUUCUAUGUUGCCCAAGAAAAACCUCCAUUUCGUGCUACUGCAACGUCCACCAAGCCAAUCAGCAACGAUACAACCGUGUAUAACUCGUUUUCGGGCAUAGCUGGCAGUCGUCCAGCAACUCCUUCCAGUUCUAUCAAUGGUAACACUUUCAUGGCGGCAAGACGAUGCCAGCUGAAAGGAGAACGACUUGCCAGACCAUUUGGCAUUGGCAGGAACCUAUUAUUACCAACCAUUGACGACGACACCGGCCCUCCAUAUUGGUGCACCCAGGAUACCUACGAUAAAUCAUGCCGCACCAGUCAACACAUGCUCUGUCCCCCCAAGGGGUUGCUCUUUGUCAAGACACCCAAAACGGGCUCUACCACCAUUAGUCGCAUUGUCAAGCGCAUUGUAAGCAACGUCGCUCAAAGGUACAAAAACGUGGGGCAUGACAGUACGGAAGUUGCGUGUCAACAUCGAGAAGACCACAUCAAUGGCGCCGGGCUUUGGUAUGGAAAUCGAGUGCAUAACCAAUCCUUCCUGGUCGCAUCGCUGCGAAAUCCUGCAGAACGUGCCAUGAGCCGAUUCUUUUGGUCAUACGUAACACGACAUUCGCCCAAUGGAACAGAAGUGCCGGUAGAUGAUGCCUUUGUUGUGGAUUAUCUCAACAAGUCAACCAGCGUGGCCAAUGGAUGUACCUCCAAAGGUCAAGGGGGGUACCAGCUAAACUAUAUUGCAAUGGAGUCCAUCAAGGAAUGGUCGGCAUGGCAUCCCUUACACCCAACACAAGUGAUUCAACCAAAGGCCAUUGAACAACUCGUGCAUCGGACACUACAAGAAUACGACUUUGUCAUCCUCAAUGAACGCAUGGAAGAGUCCUUGGUGCUAUUACAACUCCUGCUGGGACUGGAAGUAGGUGAUAUUGUUGGCAUGGCAUACAAUGUUGGAGGCAGCUACCGCUACGAGCAUGGAAAGUGCAAACAACUCAUCAAGAGCCACGCAUCAAUUGGAAUGCAACACUACUUUCGGUCAGAUGAAUGGAUGGCCAAGAAUUAUGGCGACUAUGUUCUCUUUGCGGCUGUUAAUCGCAGCAUUGACUUGACCAUAGAAAAAGUCGUUGGCCGCGAUCGCUUUGAUGCUGCCCUAAAAGACUUUCAACAGCUCGAAGCUACUGUCAACGACGUAUGUUCAAAGAGGGUGCCUUUUCCCUGUUCCGCCAAUGGUACAGUGUUGUCCCACACAGACCAUCCAGUCCCCCACGAGAAGAUUGCUCGAUGCAUUGACAAGGUUGUACGCGAGAACCAACAGCUGAGGACAAAACAGAACAGCUUUGGGAUUGGCGAAGGAAAUUGGCAUCCAUAG